AUGGCUUUUGACCCGGUGUCGAUAUUUAUACAUGCGAUAUCAGCUGGUCCACAUAUAAGCGGUCGAUUCAAAGUGAGAGAAUACGAGGGAUCUGGGGGGAGUAAUAUUGCUGUAGAAUUUUACAUCAAAAGCUCCCCUUCAUCAAUUCAAGCAGCGCUUUGGCCGACCUCAGGGCCUGGAAAUUCAAAUAAAAUCCGGUGCUCGUUCUGA